AUGCCUCCUCGAUCCAAUGCCAAUACCCUCCGAAUCCUAAUAGCAACCGAUUCCCACGUCGGCUACAACGAACGAGACCCCAUCCGCGGCGACGACUCAUGGAAAACAUUCGAUGAAGUGAUGUCCCUGGCGAAAGAUCGGGAUGUCGAUAUGGUGCUGCUGUCUGGGGACCUUUUCCAUGACAAUAAGCCUUCCAGAAAAGCCAUGUACCAGGUCAUGAAGAGUUUGCGAGCGAACUGCUACGGUGAGAAACCUUGCGAGAUUGAGAUUCUGUCGGAUACCAGUCAGACGUUUCAGAGCGCGGGGGGUCACGUCAAUUAUGAGGAUCCGGAUAUUAAUGUCGCUAUUCCGGUAUUCUCGAUUCAUGGUAAUCAUGAUGACCCGAGCGGGGAGGGGAGGUUAUGUGCUCUAGACCUAUUAUCGGUGGCGGGUUUGUUGAACUAUUUUGGGCGGACUCCGGAGAACGAUAAUAUUACCGUUACCCCGGUGCUGCUACAGAAGGGAUCUACUAAGCUGGCUUUAUACGGGCUGUCGAAUGUUAGGGAUGAGAGGUUGUUCCGGACGUUCAGGGACGGCAAAGUUAAGUUCCUGCGGCCAGAUGUGCAGCAGAAGGAGUGGUUCAAUCUGAUGUGUGUUCAUCAAAAUCAUCAUGGACAUACGGAGACUGGAUAUCUACCGGAAAACUUCCUCCAGGAGUUCUUAGAUAUGGUUAUUUGGGGGCACGAGCACGAAUGUUUAAUCGAGCCAAAGUUCAAUCCAGAAAUGGGCUUCCAUGUCAUUCAACCCGGAUCUUCGAUAGCCACAUCCUUGUGCGAAGGCGAGGCUGUUACGAAGCAUGUUGGCAUACUCUCGAUCACAGGUCGUGGCUUUGAAUUAGAGAAGAUAAGACUCAAGACUGUGCGGCCGUUUGUAAUGAAAGAGAUUGUUCUUGCGGAGGAACCCCAGAUGAAGAACGUAUGGAAAAAAAACACGAAUAGGACUGCGGUUACUAGUUUUCUUUGCAAUACAGUCGAAGACCUGAUAGAGGAGGCUGUUACUGAGUGGCUCAAUGCUCAGGAAGACCCUGAAGUCGAGAGAAAGGAUGCUCCAUUGCCGCUAAUCCGGCUUAGGGUGGAAUAUUCGGCACCCGAGGGUGGUCGCUUCGAAACCGAAAACCCGCAGAGAUUCUCCAAUCGUUUCGUUGGAAAGGUCGCGAACGUGAAUGAUGUGAUUCAGUUUUAUCGAAAGAAGUCCGCAGCUCGGAGGAAGGUUGGGGGCAUGCUUGAAGAUAGUGGGUCGCACGUCCAAGACUCCUUACUUGAAGAGUACGGCGGAUCUAUAGAUAAUGUCAAGGUAGAGAAAUUGGUUCAAGAAUUUCUGACCAAUGCUACAUUAGAGAUAUUACCGAGUAAUGGACUUGGUGAUGCGGUUGGACAAUUCGUUGAUAAGGAUGACAAACAUGCUGUGGAGAUGUUUGUCGAGGACAGCUUAAAAAGCUACUUGACGAAAUUGAGGGAGAUUGACGAUUUAAAUGAGGAGACUAUCUCGGAGGCUGUAGAGCAACAGAAGAGUUAUCUUGAGCAGCUCUUUGCCAAGGGGCUUGUUAAGCCGAAGAGGACAAGGAAGAAACUAAAACCAAAGCCUGACCAUUGGUAUUCAGAUCUUGAUGGCCAUUGGUCGGAUCAGCCGGCAGCGCUGGUUCGGUCCGGAAGUGAUAAUGAUGGAGACCAGAACGACGAUGACGGCGAUGACUCGGCAGCCCCCACUCGGAAAACGGCAGCUAGAGGUGGGAGGGGUCGAGGGAGAGGAAGUGCAGCGGCCUCAACUCGGGGUAGAAAGGCUGCCCCAGCCGCAAAAGGCCGUGGCAGGAAGCAAGUUGUUGAAGAUGAUGACGAUGAUGAUGUCGAAAUGAUUGAGGAUGACGAGGACGAACCGAGCAUUCCUCCACCAAAAACAACGUAUUAUCCUAUUACCCCAUUCCCUCUCAUUAAAUAUAUUGUUCUGACGUUCAGUAGUCGAGGCAGGAAAACCACCGCCGCCCCACCAGCACGUAAACCUGCGGCAAAGCCAGCUGCUGCUCCUCGGCGACCAGCGGGUGCCACACGCGCAGCCAAUCAGCAAGCUUCGCAAGCCAGUACAGCCAGGACGAGGCAGGCAAAGCUGAACUUUGGUGCUACACAGAAUACCCAGGCGCGUGAAAGUCAGGCAAGUAACUCCUUAUUUCACAGGGCUAUACACCCUCCCAGUGAUGACGAGGACAUCGAUGACGAUGAGGAUGAUGAUUUUGAGCCGUUACCUAGCCAGAGGACUACUAGGUCCAGCAGGCGGUAGGAGUAGUAAGGUAACUCAGCUUAGGUGGACAUUGAGAAUUGAAUGGAGAACGGGAAAUGAUGGGACAAGGGAUUUUGUUGGGCAAGUGAUGUGUGGCUUUGUUUACUCCGUCUCCUAGGGUCAGGUACAGCAAAUUAAAGGGUUUCCUGAGAGA